AUGUCCUCUUCUGGUCUUUCCCCUCGUUUGCGCUAUUCAACGGGUGACUGCGUAGUCCGGCCUCCAGUACACAGGCAGUCAUCAGCGCACAGAGGGGGAGAGCGUCGGCUUUCGGAAGCCGAUAUAGGAUAUCCUCAGAGGAUUCAACAGUACCUUCCUAUGGGCACUAACGCUCCCGUAGAUCAGUUCAGCCCUGAAGUAGACUAUGCCUGGAGUGAUGGAUCUCAGAUCUUUACCCCGAAGCGGUGCAGUAUCGAAGAGGCCGACAUAGAUGAAGACGUGAAACGUGCCCUGAUGUUCCAGCGUCGAGCCAGGCAACGUAAAGCCAGCGCUACCAAUUCGAAACUGUCCAUCGAGGGUGUCGAGCCUGGCCUCAGUCCUCGCAGCUCCGUCUCGUCCAAGAGCAGCCGUGACUCAGAUGAGCUGUGCACACCGAGGACUAGCAUCUCGUCCGUAUCCUAUACCGAUUAUCCCGAGCAUCACACGCACAGCAAAGCAAGGGCCAGCAUCGCCCCAACCAUACAUGACCACGAAGCUGGGAAACCGCCCGCUGCUCAACCCGGUAUUCUAGGUAUACCCAUUUCCACGAGUCCCAAGAAAAUUGAAGGGAGCGCCACGGACGAUGCCCGCCCUCGCAAGGGCUCUGUUUCUUUCAUCUUGGGCGAAGUAUCCAAGCGCCUGGGAGAUUCUGCCCGAUUCCGGCGACAUAAAGGAUCGUCUGGGAGCCGCUCUAGGUCGUCCUCCAUCCUUCACAGUCUGAUGCGUACUCCGGCAUCUCAAAGCCACUCUCCCAUGUCGCCUCCAGCACCACGCUUCCCCACGUUAGAGACUAUCCCGUCGCAGGAUACCGUGGCUCGGAGUCCUCGGGUUGAUAAUGCGAAGCGUCUCGGUAUCAUGCCGCAUUUCAAUCCCUUCAUUCGGACAAGGGCAGAAUCGACGUCUGCUCUGGAAGGAGCCCACCAGACACACGUAGAUUUCGGCGCAGAGGCCCCAACCCGCUACACCCGGAGAUUCCAGUCCAGUCCCCCACCGCAUGUGGGAUCGCUUCAUAAGAAAGCGGAUGUACGCAGGUUGUAA